AUGGAUCAACACUGUUCGCGAGAAGGGAAUCUAGACUACGAUGUUAUAAUCAUCGGAGCGGGUAUCUCUGGCAUAAAUACGGCAUACCGUAUACAAUCCGAGAUCCCCAACUGCAGCUAUAUCAUUCUUGAAGCCAGGGACGCACUGGGAGGUACUUGGGAUCUCUUCCGAUACCCAGGGAUCCGAUCAGAUUCCGACUUAUUCACCUUCGGUUUCUCAUGGUAUUUGUGGCCGUCGGAGAACCCGAUCGCCGAGGCCUCCUCCAUUCUGCAGUACAUGAAAGAGGCAUCUGAGUCUUUCGGUAUUGACAAGAAUAUCUUUUACCAACAUAAAGUCACCACGGCUUCGUGGAUCUCCUCAGAGCAAACAUGGAGGCUUCAAGUAAUCCAUGACGGCCAUCCGGAGCCAACGACGUUGAACACCCGCUUCGUUGUCCUUGCAACGGGAUACUAUGACUACCACCAGCCCCUCGCGAGCCAGAUCCCCGGCUUAGAGAACUUCACUGGUCGCGUGAUCCACCCUCAAUUCUGGCCCCACGACUUUGACUGUACAGACAGGAACGUUGUCAUUAUCGGUAGCGGCGCAACCGCAAUCACGCUGGUUCCGAAAUUGGCGGAGAAAGCAGAAAGGGUGACCAUGCUUCAACGCAGUCCGUCGUACAUCAUGUCUCUUCCGAAUCGCAGAACCACAACCUGGCUGGGAAAGCUACUUCCCAGCGCCAUCGCAAGCAGGAUAGCACGUUUUCGCAAAAUGAUCACUUCCCGUGUGUUCUUUCUAUUCUGUCGUGCGUUUCCCAUCCCAGCACGAUGGCUGCUACGUCACGCUACAACCAGACAGUUACCGAAACACAUUCCUUAUGACCCCCAUUUCAACCCGAAGUACAAUCCAUGGGAUCAACGACUGUGUAUCUGUCCCGACGGAGACUUCUACGCCGCUUUGCACACGGGGAAAGUGGAUGUGAUAACGGAUACUAUUGCCGAAGUCCAGGAGACUGGGAUCACAUUGAAUUCGGGAGCUGUCCUCAAAGCUGACAGCAUUAUCACUGCCACUGGACUAAAACUGCAGUUUGGGGGUGGGAUCGAGAUCCUCGUCGACGAGAAAAGGUUCGACAUGUCCCAAAAGUUCCUUUGGCGAGGAAACAUGCUGCAGGAUCUCCCGAAUGUUGCACUAGUGAUUGGAUACACCAAUGCGUCCUGGACUUUGGGAGCAGAUACAACCGGUAUAUUCAUUAGCCGGCUUCUACGGGACAUGGAGAAAAGAAACAUCGGGGUUGCGGUUCCCCGUCUCCAGGACGUGAAGUUGGAUCCAUGUCGACUAUUGGACCUCAACUCGACCUACGUCAACGCAGCAGAGCGGAACUUGCCCAAGGCCGCCCUCCAGGCUCCGUGGAAACCCAGGGAUAAUUACUUUUCUGAUUUGAUGUUCGCGAAAUACGGGAGGUUAGAUGACUCAUUGGAACUGGUGAAUAGGUGUAACUGGAAUGUCAACAGUAAAAAGCACCUGUAA